UCAGAACUCAGAAGUCGCCAUCCCAAUCCGAACCCGAUAAGUGACGGGCUUUGAGCGCUCGAGCUCAGCUCAGCGCUCCAGCUCGGAGAACGAUGGUGGGCCGCCUCCGCCUCCUCAAGCGCUUCCCCUCCCCCCUCCACCAAACCCCUCACCCUCAGCGUCUCCUCCUCCUCAUUCACUCCCCCAUUCGAGACCUCUCCUCUCCCCUCACGAAGCCCAGCUGCUCCCUCUCUCGCCUCGCCCGUCGAGCCGAGGGUGGGGAGAUGAAGCGGAGGGGAGCCCGAGGGUUCAGAGCCCUGGAAACGGAGGCGGAGGGAACGGCGAGCUCAGCCCUCUUCUCUCCUUACUCAUCCGUCCGCAUUCGCUGCGAAAAACACGCCGCUGAUACAUUAUCAGAAGCCCUUUUAUGCUUUGGUGCAAGUUCUGCCAGUAUGGAUGAAGUAGACAACUCCGUGGAUCUUGAUAACACGUGGAUAACUUCAAUCUUUACGGAUGAUCAAGAUGUAAAUGCAUGCAUUUCACAUGCAGCAGAUUCUAUUGGCUUGAGCUACACUCCCAAGUACGAAAUAUCAACAGGCAAACCUUGCGAUUGGGUUGCAAACGUUCAGGAAACAUUUCAUCCUAUUGAGGUUACUCGUGGUUUGUGGAUCAUUCCCAAAUGGAGAACUCCUGUGGAUUUACAAGCAAUAAAUAUAAUACUUGAUCCAGGAUUGGCUUUUGGAACGGGAGAGCAUCCUACGACUAAGUUAUGUCUGUUGCUGUUACAUGGCUUGAUUCGAGGAGGAGAAAGGUUAUUUGAUUAUGGAACAGGAUCUGGAGUUCUGGGAAUUGCAGCAGUGAAGAUGGGUGCUGCAUUUUCUGUUGGAAUAGAUAUAGAUCUCCAGGCAAUAAUAUCUGCUCGUCAAAAUAUUGCUUUGAAUGAGAUAGAUUCCAACAAGAUGUCGGUUUACUUGGUUCGUGGUGAGAAAGGCUUGCCUACAAGAUAUGAAAGCACCAGCAAGAACCCAGAAGAGAGAACCUCGGCUAACUUGGAACUGAUUGAUGCGAAACAAAGUUUCGAUAUUGUUAUAGCAAAUAUUCUUCUCAAUCCUUUGUUAGACCUGGCAGAAGAAAUAGUUUCCUUUGCAAGGCCUGGUGCUGUAAUUGGCCUCUCGGGAAUUUUGUCUGAACAGGUAAAGCAGAUUAAAGAACUAUAUUCAAUGUACUUGGAUAACAUAUCGAUAUCUGAAAUAGAUGGGUGGGCUUGCCUCCAUGGUACCAGAAAAAGGAUCGAUGAUGAGACCAUGUCGCAACCAAAGCGGUAGCUUUGAUUUAGCAGCUGGAUUAUGCCAGAGAUGGCGCAUGCGAGGAUUUAGCAAAUGUGGGUUUUAACCAUGAUAGCCAUGCAUGCGGCUUUUCUACAUCACCAACAGCAUAGACAUAACCUUGUAUGCGGUUUUUCUAAUGAUGGGGUUUUGCCUGUAUAUCUAUUCAUUAACUUGCGCAGCUGUGAUACUAAAAGUUUGUGAAAAUCUGAUUCAAUUUGUGACUGAAUUGGGUGAUAAAACUGCACAUAGUCAUGGUUCCCAUAA